AUGAUAGGAUAAGCAAGCAGCUCCUUGAUUGGUCGGCCUCAAAAUCUUCAUUACCAAAAGGAAAUUCUCUUUCUCCGGUUGGAAAAGCAAUUCACAGGGAAAAUUAAAGCAAAAGAAAUCAUUUUCCCACCGCCGGUUCGGAAAACAAGCCGCCGGAAAUGGCAGUGGCAUCAACCGCCGGCAAUUGCCUGAAAACGCCGGUAAACGGUCUGUUUCAAUCAAACCCCCGGUUCGUAGCGAAUUAUGCUCCCCGGUUCAUUGCCAUGGCACCCAAGAAGAAGGUGAACAAGUACGACGCGGGCUGGAAAAAGGAGUGGUUCGGGGCGGGAAUAUUCGUGGAGGGAAGCGAAGAGCUAGAAGUGGACGUAUUCAAAAAGCUGGAGAAGCGAAAAGUUUUAAGCACAGUCGAAAAAGCCGGCCUUCUCUCAAAAGCCGAGGAAUUCGGGGUCACAUUAUCUUCCAUUGAAAAGCUGGGGCUUUUGUCGAAAGCCGAGGAUCUUGGUCUGCUGAGCCUGCUGGAAACGGUGGCCGGUUUUUCGCCGCCCGCACUGGCUUCGGCUGCUCUUCCUUUGCUGGUGGCGGCGCUGGCGGUGUUUAUCGUGGUUCCGGAUGAUACGGCGGUGCUGGUGGCGGCACAGACCGUGAUUGGUGGGUUGCUUGGAGUUGGGGGUGUUGGGCUGUUUGUGGCCUCCAUUGUUUUGGAGGGGUUACAAGAGGCUGAUUGAGAUUUUUUUAGUAAGAGACAAAAUGUAUUUAUUUGAUGUGUACUAGAAUUGUGAGUACUUGUAUUUUAAGUUACAAGUGGAAAAAAGUUGCAUAAAUUGUUUUAUAAAAUUUAAAUUGCAGAAUGAAUGAUUGACCCGUUUUAAUUUGAUUAUGAUGUUACAUUUUA